AUGAUCUGCAAGGAGGGCAGCCGCGUGGACAUCGACUCCAAGGAUGGGCUGCAAACGCAGCCAGUGGCAGCGCCAAUAAUGACCAAUUCGCUGCCAGCGAACGGCUACAAUACGCUCCAGCAUCGGCGCAAAUCCCAAUUGAUCACAUUCAGUGCCAGCUCCAGCGACAUCAAGAACAGUCUCAGCCAUGAGCUGAUCACGGCCAGCGGCCGACUUAGCUAUGCCGAGGAGCAGCAGCCAGUGGCUGCUCCAGCAUCAACUCCAACUGCUGAGCAGGAAGACGAGGAGGAGGAGGAGGAGGAGGAUGUGGAGGAGGAGGAGGAAGAUGGGCUAGUUGUGGAGGAUGUGGAAGAUGUGCUCUACAUGCACGACGAGUUCGAGACGCACAUCGAUGCCAAGUCGAACAAUGCCAACGAUGACAGCGGCGGCGGCAGCUAUGAGGAUUCCCAUGCCCUGCACAGCUCGCUCGGUGGCAGCAAUCGGAACAGCUUGGAGAAGGAUGACGACGACAUCGAGGUGGAUGUGAUUAGCACCGAUGUCAGCUGCUAUGACCAGCUCCUGGGCAGCAGCUGCAACACACGCCACGGCGAUGACGACGAUCUGGCCACGCUCAUCGGCGACACGGAUCACUUGAUAAAGGCCAAGGGUCACAGUGCUGGAAAUGCUGCUGCUGCUGCUGCUGCUGGUGGUGGUGGUGGUGGUGGUGCUGGUGGUGCUGUUGGGUUGGGCGGGGUUGCUGUGGGCGUUGGGCUUGGCAUGGCCGGCAUAACAGCGACAGCUGCUGCUGCUCUUGGCAAAUGCGCUUUGGAGCCGGGCUCAACCGUUGGCAAUGGCAAUGGCGGCAUUAUCUAUGCCAAUCCAUUUAUGGGUUUGUAA